AUGAAGAAGGGUCAAACACCGAGACGCCAUGGAGAAGGGUCAAACACCGAGACGCCAUGGAGAAGGGUCACAAUACGAGACACCGUGGGGAAGAGUCAAACACCGAGACACCAUGGAGAAGAGUCAAACACCGAGACGCCAUGGAGAAGAGUCAAACAUCGAGACGCCAUGGAGAAGAGUCAAACACCGAGGCGCCAUAGAGAAGGGUCAAACACCGAGACGACAUGGAGAAGGGUCACAAUACGAGACACCGUGGGGAAGAGUCAAACACCGAGACACCAUGGAGAAGAGUCAAACACCGAGACGCCAUGGAGAAGAGUCAAUUACCGAGACACCAUGGGGAAGAGUCAAACAUCGAGACACCAUGGGGAAGAGUCACACUACGAGACACCACGGGGAAGUGUCAAGCUACGAGACGCCAUUGGAUGGAGUCACACUACGAGACGCCCUGGGACUAGAGUCAAACACCGAGACACCAUGGAGAAGGGUCAAACAUGGAGACGCCAUGGAGAAAAGCCAAACAUCGAGACGCCAUGGAGAAAUGUCACACUACGAGACACCAUGGAGAAGGGUCAAACACCGAAACACCGUGGAGAAGAGUCAAACACCGAGACACUAUGGAGAAGAGUCAAACAUCAAGACACCAUGGAGAAGGGUCAAACACCGAGACACCAUGGAGAAGGGUCAAGCACCGAGACACCGUGGGGAAGAGUCACACUACGAGACACCAUGGAGAAGAGUCAAACAUCGAGACACCAUAGGGAAGAGUCAAACACCGAGACGCCAUGGAGAAGAGUCAAACAUCGAGACGCCAUAGAGAAGAGUCAAACACCAAGGCGCCAUGGAGAAGAGUCAAACAUCGAUACGCCAUGGAGAAGAGUCAAACAUCGAGACACCAUUGAGAAGGGUCAAACACCGAGGCGCCAUGGAGAAGAGUCAAACACCGAGACACCAUGGAGAAGGGUCAAAUACCGAGACGCCAUGGAGAAGAGUCAAACACCGAGACACCAUGGAGAAGGGUCAAACACCGAGACGCCAUGGAGAAGAGUCAAACACCGAGACGCCAUGGAGAAGAGUCACACUACGAGACACCACGGGGAAGUGUCAAGCUACUAG